GCGGGUAGUUCGAACGUUUCUGCUUCGAAGGAGCCUUACGGUUGGCGCGAGCCCCACCACCUGCGGUGGCGGCGCGGCGAAGGUCGAGGCCAAGAUAUGUCCGAGAGGCGAACGCGGUCCGGCGGGGCCGCCCAGGGCUCCGGGCCGAGGGCCUCACUUCCUACUCAGUCUCUGCGGAGGUCUCAGCGGAAAUCAGGCUCUGAUCUUCCCAACAUCCUCCCUGAAAUCUGCCCGAAGGCGCCUCGUGCGACUCCAGUCAGAAAGCCCAUCGUCUUGAAGAAGAUUGUGGCUCAUACUGUAAAGAUCCCAUCUGUGCACUCGCCUCGAAGGAGCCCUAGGAUUGCGUUUUCCUUGGAGAAAGAAAACAAUCCUCCUACCAAGGAGCCUACUAAGGAGGACCUCUUCGAGAAAUUUAUUGUCCCUGCCACUCCUGUGCACACUCCAGAUGUUGAACCAAACUCCAGUGAUGGAGACCUGGACACCAGAGACUUGGACAUGUCCAAGAAAGUCAGGCGAUCCUACAGCCGGCUGGACCCCCUUCACUGCGCCUCCACCUCCACCCCAGGCCGCCCAUCCUGCUUUGGCUUCGAGAGGCUUCUGGGGACAGAAGACCUGGCUGGAGUCUCACCUUUGGUGUGUUCAAAGUUAACCGAGGUCCCCAGGGUCCCUGGGAAUCCUUGGGUCCCAGACACGACUCUCCCUGGAAUUUCCCCACCCGUGAAAGAGAAAAAGAAGAAGAAGAAGGUGCCAGAGAUCCUGAAAUCGGAGCUGGAUGAGUGGGCUGCAGCCAUGAAUGCUGAGUUUGAAGCUGCUGAGCAGUUUGAUCUCCUGGUUGAAUGAGAUGAAACGGGGGUGCACCUAGCCAGACUUCCUUCCCCCUGUACAUAGCCUCUUCUUCCUGUGCAACAGACACUUGGGGUCCCCUUCCCUGGCCUUGUUACCUGUGCAUGUGCUGUUGCUGCACGUGAGGUCUGCCCUUGAGUGUUUGUGCGGUGGCAGCUGUAGGAAAUAGGGUUCGCCUGGCCGGUGUCCUGGCUAUAGUCAGUGACCCACCAUCUCCUCCCUACUUCCUGCAGUGUCCUGGCCAGUUUCCAGUUGGGCUACAGACUUGGGAGGGAGAGUCACUGGCCCAGCAGGAGGAGGUUACAGGGCUGAGGAUUGUGGGUGAGAGCAUCUCUACUGUUGCGGAAUGUGGCUGCCCUGUGCCAGCCCCAACAGAAAUGCAUCCCCAGCCCAGCCCGUGUGGUUCAGUGGUUGAGCAUCGACCAAUGAACCAGGAGGACACGGUUUGAUUCCUGGUCGAGGCACAUGUCUGGGUUGCGUGUUCAAUUUCCAGUGUGGGGCGUGCAGGAGGCAGCCGAUCAGUGAUUCUCAUCGUUGAUGUUUCUAUCUCUCUCUACCUCCUUUUCUCUCUGAAGUCAGUAAAAGUAUAUUUAAAAAGAAAAGAAACAGGCACCCGCAGCCAGAGCAGCCUCAGGCUUUCUCUCCUGAGUUGCCUUCUGUUGGUGGCUUGGUUCCAUCUAUGUAAAAAGGCUUGGGUUUCCUUAGAUUCUCUAGAUGGUCCAGGAGAGAAUUUGUGGAUUUGGGACGGUUCUGUCUGUGAGGAAGAAGCUGGACACGCAGGCAGUAGAAUCGGGUUUAGAAGGAGAGUGGGAAAGCCGUAGUUGGCUUCGGACCAUAGGCGUUUGCUCCUUAGAAGCUGUAUUUCAUAUUUCUGUGUUCUGCUGUUGAGGUAUUUGGUUAAAAACAAGGCCGCUGGAGUGCUGGCCGCAUAGGGCAAAGGGUGAAUUUGGGGGUGUGGCAACAGGUACCACAGGUUCCAGCCUCUAUAGAACCUGAGGCUCGGCUGGGAAGGGGCCCAUGGCAGGAGGUGACCCCUCUUGUCAUGCACAUCUGUUUCUUACAAACUAAAGUUCACAGUCUGUUCAGCUCUAGAACAAAAACAUAGGUUAAGCAGUCCUAGUCCCACUGGCAUUUUGCAGCUACACAUAUAGGUUAAGCAGUCUUAGUCCCGCUGGCAUUUUGCAGCUACACAUGUAAAGUUCUAGGAAGCUUUUCUCACGUUCCAGAAGGGGC